AUGGUGACUCGAUACUCCAUAAGACUUUUAAAUUUUGCUAGUUGGAUAACUUUAACGUCAGCCCAACCAAGACUUUUGCUGCCGCUUUCGAGGAUAUCCUUGGAAAGAAGAUACCAUUGGAAACAGCAAAAACAAACAAGCGAUGGUUCGCCGAGUUUGCCUUUGGUUCUUUGCGUGGGGACUGGAUUAUUUGCAAGUAUCGGUUUUUUUUUUUAUCGCCGGCAACAGUUUGUAACGGAUGCUGCCACAAUUCCUGACAAGCAGCCUAUUGAUUCCUCAGACAGUAAGGCCUUUAAACUAAGCGUUGAAGUCAGAAACGACUUGCCCACAUAUCGACUAAAAGAAGUCCAGAAACAUGACCAUAUAGCAGAAAGAAUUUGGGUUAUUUGUCAAUGCGGAGUAUAUGAUAUUACGGAUUUUGUUGAAGGCCAUCCAGGUGGUAGCAAAAUUCUUAUGGCUGCUGGAGGUUCUAUAGAGCCUUUCUGGAAAAUUUACCAACAGCACUUAAAUCCUGAAACGCUUGAAUUACUUGAAGGAUACAGAAUUGGGAACUUAGAUCCUCAGGACAUUGCUGCCAUUGACUUGUCGACUAACGAAAAUGAUCAGUAUCACGAAGAUCCUAAACGGCACCCAGCUCUUCUGGUCAGAUCGCAAAAGCCUUUCAAUGCAGAAACACCACUUGAAUUGCUUAUUGACCAUUUUCAUACUCCAAAUUCACUUUUCUUUGUUCGUAAUCACUUGCCUGUCCCAAAGGCACGAUUCAGCUUUUUUCACUUUUUACUCACCAGUGUUCAUUCGACUGUAUUAAAUAAUUCCAUUCAACGUAACUUAAUACAGCUGAGUGGUGACGAUCAUCGUGUACAGAUCAGUGGCGUGGGUUUAAAGUUCCCAGUUGUUUUAACCCUCCAAGAGUUGAAGACCAAGUAUGAAAUUGUGUCUGUGUCCGCAGCGUUGCAGUGUGCUGGUAAUCGGCGUGCAGAUAUGUCGAAAUUCAAAGCAGUACAAGGCUUAGCAUGGAAAGGAGCUGCAAUUGGUAAUGCUAAAUGGACGGGCGUACGGUUGCGGGAUGUGCUUGUUAGUGCUGGUAUUGAUCCGAACGAUAAGCGAAUAAAACACGUUCACUUUGAAGGAGCGGACAGUGAUGCGGAAGGCAACCACUUCGGAUCCUCAAUUUCGUUUGAGAAAGCAAUGAAGAAAGAGGUUCUUUUGGCGUUUUUGAUGAACGACGAGGAAAUACCGCGCGACCAUGGAUACCCGCUUCGUCUGAUUGCUCCAGGAAUCGCUGGAGUGAGAAAUGUCAAAUGGUUAACGAAGAUAGUGCUAAGUGACGAAGAAAGCAACUACUUUUGGCAAAAAAAAGAUUACAGAGUACUCCCGCCUACGAUGGGAGAUGGGGAGAAAAUUGAUUUUAACGCUGUUCCGGCCAUUCAAGAAUGCCCUGUGCAAAGCGCCUUUCUUGUUCCAUCCGGCCCAGUAAAGAUUAACAGAGUUUUUGAGACUUUAGCUGAGGGAGAUUUCGAAGUCGCUGGCUAUGCAUGGAGUGGUGGGGGCCGCGGCAUUAUUCGAGUAGAGGUUUCUGCUGACGGGGGGAAUACAUGGCAACGUGCAAAAUUGCAUCAUGACUCCGAUCAAGAUUUGGACCAUAUGUGGUCUUGGACGUUCUUCACAACUACUAUAAAGAUUCCUGAAGGUGUCACUUAUCUUGAUCUGGUUUGCAAAGCAACAGACAGAGCUUACAACGUGCAGCCGGAAACUUCGAAAGGGAUCUGGAAUGUUAGAGGUUUAUUAAAUAAUGCAUGGCAUCAUAUUAAAGUGGAAAUUAUUUAA